AAGAGAGAGGGGGAGAGAGACAGAGAGAGAGAGAGAGAGAGAGAGAGAGAGAGAGAGACAGCGCGAGCCACCGGUCGUUGACUUAAAUAACCAGCAAAAUUAAAAAAGAAAAAAAAAAAAUUGUAGCGCCCAGGCAGAGAGCAACGUGAUUGCAUGCGAGCGUCCCCACUCGGGCUCGGCGGGCGCCAGAGAGACAUGAUGCAGCAUCCUCUGACGGGGGCCACCUGCGUGGCGCUCCCCAACGUGGGCAUGUGUCCCCAGCUUUCGUGUGCCUUGACUUUUAUGUACUUACAGCAGGGUAAUCAGGAAGCAGCCGCUGCCCCUGACACAAUGGCUCAGCCUUACGCUUCGGCCCAGUUUGCUCCCCCGCAGAACGGUAUCCCCGCGGAAUACACGGCCCCUCAUCCCCACCCCGCGCCAGAGUACACAGGCCAGACCACGGUUCCCGAGCACACGUUAAACCUGUACCCUCCCGCCCAGACGCACUCCGAGCAGAGCCCGGCGGACACGAGCGCCCAGACCGUCUCCGGCACCGCCACACAGACAGAUGACGCAGCACCGACGGAUGGCCAGCCCCAGACACAACCUUCUGAAAACACGGAAAACAAGUCUCAGCCCAAGCGGCUGCAUGUCUCCAAUAUCCCUUUCAGGUUCCGGGAUCCGGACCUCAGACAAAUGUUUGGUCAAUUUGGUAAAAUCUUAGAUGUUGAAAUUAUUUUUAAUGAGCGAGGCUCAAAGGGAUUUGGUUUCGUAACUUUCGAAAAUAGUGCCGAUGCGGACAGGGCGAGGGAGAAAUUACACGGCACCGUGGUAGAGGGCCGUAAAAUCGAGGUAAAUAAUGCCACAGCACGAGUAAUGACAAAUAAAAAGACCGUCAACCCUUAUACAAAUGGCUGGAAAUUGAAUCCAGUUGUGGGUGCAGUCUACAGUCCCGAAUUCUAUGCAGGCACGGUCCUGUUGUGCCAGGCCAACCAGGAGGGAUCUUCCAUGUACAGUGCCCCCAGUUCACUUGUAUAUACUUCUGCAAUGCCAGGCUUCCCGUAUCCAGCAGCCACCGCCGCGGCCGCCUACCGAGGGGCGCACCUGCGAGGCCGCGGUCGCACCGUGUACAACACCUUCAGGGCCGCGGCGCCCCCGCCCCCGAUCCCGGCCUACGGCGGUGUUGUUUACCAGGAUGGAUUUUAUGGUGCAGACAUUUAUGGUGGUUAUGCUGCAUACCGCUACGCCCAGCCUACCCCUGCCACUGCCGCUGCCUACAGUGACAGAAAUCAGUUCGUCUUCGUUGCAGCAGAUGAAAUUUCUUGUAACACCUCUGCAGUUACGGACGAGUUUAUGCUGCCGACCCCUACCACCACGCACUUGCUCCAGCCCCCACCUACGGCGUUGGUGCCAUGCCCCAAGGUUCCAGCCCCAGCACAGACUUCAGAGGAGCUAAGCUGCACACUUCCAGGCCUCUGCUGUCAGGCAGCUGAGAAUCUGACUGCCUCUCCUCCCCUAUUACAAUUCAUGUUUAAAGUCAUAGUCGCCCAGGAAAGAAAAUAGAGAGGGGCACACUUUGUGUGUGUACCUAGUACAUAAGAAAGUAGAAGGAAUCAGCUGGGUUUGGGGGUUGUCUUUUGUUUUGGGGCAGGUCUGGGUUUUUGUUUUGGGAGGGGGUGCGGGGAGGGUAAAAAAUGGGAGGUAAGGGUGGGGUGAACUUGCCUGUACUUGUUCAAACUUCUAUGCACUGAAACUCUUGAGUACAGUAAGACGUGCCCAUCACGUGAGAGCAUAUGCAAUCAUUACAAAGCUUUGGCAUGCAGUUUUCUGCUUGGAUCAAGAAUAUCAGUCCUUAUUCUAAAAAUGAAUCCCCAUAGGCAUUCAUUUGAAUUGCCAAUACCUUUAGAAAAAGAAAAUCGUUAAGUGCCACCUUGUAGCCAUUAAAGCCAUGGCCAGACAGUUCACUGAAGCUCAGUCAUAGAAAAUCAGCCAUGAUUUGGAAACACUGUUUUGCACAAGCUUAAUUACAUCAAGCAAUUCAUCUGUACAACUCCACAACUCCCUUCUCAAGAUCAGAUUCCAUACAGCUUGCAGAGCCAAGUCAAGUAAGAAGUAGAUUGAGAUUUUCAUCCCAAUUCUGCAUUCAACAACUCUGCUUCAACACCUAGUCCACAUGAGGAAUGUGUUGGAGAGUUGAAUUACAUUCAAUAAAUUGUCCAAAUUCAACCUCAAGUGUAGAUUAUUGUGUUAUAAAAAAAUGAGACAAUGAAAAUCCUUCCAUUGUCCAGCUUAUAACAGAGUCCUUUUUAGCUAAGAGGACUGGCUGACAGAAUUUGCUUUUGGAGAGAAUUUCUUUAGGAGGAGCUAUUGGGGAAGGUCAGGAAUGGCCCUAUCUUUAGUUCUCCAAGAAUGACCUGGGAUGGGUAGGGGUGCCUCCAUUUCGGUUGGUUUUGAGUGUCUAUUUUUCACAUUAGUCUUUUUGAUGAUCCACAUGUUGCAAAAGGAAAAUGUAAAAAACACACCCCUCAAAUUGCUUUGUUUCAGAAUGCUUUUGCACCUUUGACUGAUGCCAAGACUAGGAGCCAUGCUGAUGAUGUGGGUCUCGUUCUUUCUUCAUUGCAGGCUAGUAUAUACCGAGGGGGAUACAACCGUUUUGCUCCAUACUAAAUGACAAAACCAUAAAAACCUUCCAAUGUGGGGAGAAAGGAAGCUUUCCGAGGCCUGAGUAUUGCAAUACAUGCAGUAGUACAUCAUUUUAGCAACUCUAAAAAAAAAAAAUACAAAUAAAAAGGAAAAAAAUUACAUUUUUUAUCUUAUACCUCAGAUAUUUUGUUCUGUGUAUUUUAAUAUUGUGGGUCUUUAAUUUCUGAAGGUUCCGUAGUUUGGUUGCUGGCUGUAGGAGUUUUUGUGGUUGAUCUAGACAGAUGCUAGAUAAUGAAUAAAAACUGGUUUAGGGCCAUAUCCAGAGUGCUAUAUUAUGUAAAUGAAUUAUAUAUGCUGAAUAUUAAGCUACUGGGGUUAUCAGCUGUUUGGGAAGAGUGUAAGUGACUACAGUAGUCAUUUUUUUCUGCAUCUGCAUUAUUUUAUUUUGUGGAAGGGGAGGCUGGGAGGGGCUUAGGGGAUUGGAACUGGGGUUUGGCUGAAAGAAAAAAAGAAAAAAAAUGUAACUGAUGAAUCUAAACGACCCACUGCACCAACCAUCAUUUAUCACUGGUUCUAAGUUACUCAUCGCCAGUUCAAGCCAAAGGUUAUGUUGUUAAGGGGGUGCUUCUAGUAGCACUUGUGCAUCUGAGUUGAAUGAAGCUGUGCAAACCCACCCUUUAAACCAUUCCACCCGGCAGUAUUCAGCUUCUUAACCAGUCGCUAUUUAGGAAAAAAAAAAAAAACCCGCUAGUUAGGCCAUCAACAAGCAUUCUUUUUAUAUUUCUUCCAGUAUAAUAAAUUAUUGAUAUCAUUGCUGACUUUUAUAUUAUGGGAGGGAAAAAAAUAACAUUAAUAAAAAGGUGAUAAAAAGCACUGUUUCUAUUUUUUUCUUUUUUUCCAAAAAAAGAAAGUAAUAAAAACUUAAAUUCUUUGUACCAGUUAAAAAAAAAAAUGUAUAAAAUUUACAUCUGUGCAGUGGAGUUGUUAAGUUCUAGAAACAGUCUAUGAAGCUUUAGUUUUAGCCUAGUAGAACAACUGUUAGAGACAGACGUAUAAUUUUUAUGGAAUUACAUGAUAAUCAUAUUCGGAUUUAUAGAAGCAUUUUACAAGUAUUGCAAUCAUUGAGUAGAGAUAAUCAUGGUAUUUUCAUCAGCUUGGUACUUUUUGAAACGUGACUGCGUUGUGUGAACAAUCUGCAAUUUUUCAGUCCGUGAGAUCCUGCCCUUCCACCUCUUUCCUAUACCCAAGGAUUAUCUCAAAAUGAUCUCUUUAGUUCUGUCUCCAAGGCCCAGGACACUUGUCAGAAGGAUGCAAAAAAAGAAAAGAAAAAAGUAGAUCCACCCUCUUCAUCCCAAAAGAACAAUGUCUCCCCACGUUUCUCGGAUGCAGGGCCAGAGUGACACAGCCGAAAAAUUGCAGUUUGUCUGUACUUCUGUUUGAACUUUCCACGUUGUCCUGUUUACAAGUUAACUUAAGUUGGGGUAUCUGUCACGGGUCUUCCUGUUUUUGUAUUUAAAUAAAAACAACAGCAGCAGGCUGUCCCUGAGUAGUUUUGCUGCUAUAGGUUAAGUCCUCAUGUGUACAGUGCAGGCCCUGUGGCACGCACUUCAGUAAGUUAUCAACUCUCACCGCUGUGAACCUGCCAAUCCGCUGUAACAACUCUGCUUUAAAACAAAACCAGACAAAACUUAAAAAAAAAAAAAAUGUGUGAUCCAGCUUUCUCUUGCCAUCCUAUGUGCAUGCCGUAAGAUCAGUUGGAUAUUAAACCAUCAAUAAAGUUUCACAAGAUUUGAAAACAAAGUUUCUGUAGCUUCGAUAUCUAAGACAGAUGAUAGUGAUCUUGAAAAGAGAAAAGGGGGAGGGGGGAGCUGCUUAUCAGCCAAAAGCAUAUAAAGUGUUCUUUUCACCAGACUUCUUUGGGUGGGUGAGGGGAGGGGCAAGGGGGUGUUUUAUAGCAUCACUAAGACAUUCUCAUUCCCCCACCUGGAAAACAGUGUUAUGGCAAUGGGUGCCUGGUUGAUGUUCUUAAAGGAAACGAGUUAUUAAAAUACUAUGGCAUCCUCCAGAGGGAAGAAAGAGUAGGAGCAGGGGGCUAUGGAGAAUAAAUUUCUCCCAAUUGCCUCAGAUUUCAAAAUCCAGAAUUUGUAUUGUGUUUUGAAUCACAAACAUAGAAUUCUUACUGUGUUGGUUAAAGUAAAAUUCAUUUGCGGUUUUGAUUUUCAUCAAUGAGCUGUACUUUCCCCCAUGACUGUACGUAGUUUUAAUAAAAUCAUUUAGAGUAAGUGAGUGCCAACUGAUGUUGCAGAAUCUUUUGUCUAGGCACUCCAAGAUGCCAAUAAGUCAUUUUAAAAUGUAUGUCAGAGAUGUAAACAAACAUUUUGGAUUUUUUUAAACAGUAUUUAUUUGGAAUGUUUUCAUUUAUCUAAAUAACUAUUGCUAUUAUGAAUUAUGGAAAAUAUUAUGUGUGGCAUAUAGUGACUUCUUAACACACACAUCACGCAAUCUGCAAACCCAGAAAAUGUGUAUAUCUGUCUUUAGAAAUUAGUGUUUAUAUCACUUACAGUGGUUUGUGAAUAAAGAAAACUGGUUUGUAAUAUCAAAAAAAUAAAAGCUUAGUCUGAAAAGGUACAA